AUGCCCAUGACUAACCGAUCUAGACUGAAUAUCACUGGUUCCACUGAUGAGAGCGGUUAUGGCUCGUCUGUUUUAAAGUUUCUUCACUUCGGGGAAGGGCUAUACAAUUCACUACUGUCGUUUGCCAAAACCAGCAGUUAUUUUAAGAGGCCUUCGCUGAGAACGAGAGGAGACAUUAAGGAUCGGGUAAGAAACGAUGUCGGUGAUCUAAUCGACCGUGUUUAG